AUGCUGACUCUCAUCCAGCUGAUUAUCUCGCUUUCUUGGACAAGCAUCAGCUUCGCAGGUGCAGAAAAACUUUUCCAUAAUCGGGAUCAUUCUGACAUCCAGAUCUUGAAUCCAGCUCAGCCGAUAACAGACCAAUUUGGCUUCAUUAAGACAGUAAAUUGGGGUGAGGUUCCAUUUGAAGGCUCCGGUGUUUCUCUUGAGGAUGACUUCCUUGAUGACCUCCAUGGCUUGGUGGAGGAGGGGAUCGCCACGUCCAACUCUAGGGAUAGACUUCAUGACCAGACUGCGAGUCGGGCUGACCGACCUGAGUUUGUUUUGGCACUUCAGGAGUUCCAGAGAGUUUCAGGUCUUCCAGUCACUGGUGUGUUCGAUGAGGCGACCAAAGAGGCCAUGAACAAACCCAGAUGUGGCGUCGCUGACGCAGAGAUCGACCUGAACCUUCACCUUGGAAACAAAAUCCCCUCUGACAUUGAAAGCGGACUUGACAACACCAAUAAUGAGACUGAGAUUUACCAAACAUCCAUCGAUGGCAUUGGAUCUACCGACACGCUGCUGUUCAACCCUAAUAACACACUGUCCAAUGACACAGACUCUAAUUUCACCAAGGAGUUUGAGUUGAUCUUCAACAGCACACAACUUAACUGCUCCUCCGACACCAACGACACUGUUGUGAAUGAUGAUGUGGCCACCAAUCUUGGCGAGGAGACGCUACAGAGCGAUCUUCUUGUUCCAUUGGCUGACAGCAAGCGUAGAAGGAAGAGGGAUAUGAGCGGUGCAGGUCACAUGGCCUUCUCCAAGACAGAACUGAAGUGGAGGCUGAUUGGAGAAGGAUACAGUAGUCAGCUGACAGUGGAGGAGCAGAGGUACAUCCUCAGACUGGCCUUCAGGAUGUGGAGUGAGGUGUCGCCACUAGACUUCAUUGAAGACACAAGAUCUCCUCCGGAAGAGAUUGACAUCAGACUUGGCUUCGGCACAGGCCGACACUUGGGCUGCAACCAGAGGUUUGAUGGAACCGGUCAGGAGUUUGCUCACGCCUGGUUCCUGGGUGACAUACACUUUGAUGACGACGAACAUUUCACAGGUCCAAAUGCAGGCAGCGGCAUCAGUCUUCUUAAAGUGGCGGUCCAUGAGAUCGGUCAUGUUUUGGGUCUACCUCACAUCUACAGACCUGGGUCUAUAAUGCAGCCCAGCUAUCUGCCCCAGGGCUCUGUUUUUGAGAUGGACUGGAUGGACAGGAAAGCUAUCCAGCAGCUCUAUGGGGGCUGUGUGGGUCGCUUCAACACUGUGUUCGACUGGAUCCGGAGGGAGAAGACCAUGUACGGGGAGGUGGUGAUUCGCUUCAACACCUACUUCAUGAGGGACAGCUGGUACUGGCUGUAUGAGAACCGGAGCAACCGGACCCGCUAUGGAGAUCCAGUAGCACUUCAUAUAGGUUGGCGAGGCCUUCCUGUGGAUGGCGUGGACGCAUAUGUGCACGUGUGGUCCAGGAAAAAAGAGGCUAUCUACUUCUUCAAAGGCAUUCGGUUCUGGAGGUACGACAACGAUCGAGAUCAGGUGUUCAGGCAAGAUCCCGAUGGACACCACUACCCCAGACUCAUCUCUGAAGGCUUCCCUGGAAUCUCCGGCCCGAUUGACACUGCUGUAUACGACAGAAGAGACUCUCACAUCUACUUCUUCAGGAACACACUGGUCUAUGCGUUCAAUGUGGAGACACACAGAGUAGCCAGAGGUUUCCCCAAGCACAUCACACAUGUCUACCCGCCUGUUGUCGGUGGCGACCACCCGGGAGGAAACAUCGACGCCGCUUACUUCUCCUACACUCACAACGCCAUCUUCCUCCUGCAGGGCACCCGCUUUUGGCAGGUGGUCAGCAGCCGAGAUCGCAGGCGACGACCGUUCCUCCCCCGGAACGGUCUGUUGCCGCACAAGCAGGUGGACCAGCAGUGGUUCGACAUCUGCAACGUGCAUCCGUCUGCUCUCAAGCUCAGUCGAUAAAU